AAUGGCGAACAGUCGAUGUAAAACCGAACAGAACGAUAGCGCCUUCACGACCACGGCCCUUGAAUGUGCGGUCAAGUUCCUGGAAAGGUAUCCGGAACUUACUCAGUUUGUUGUGUGCAAAUCGAGCUAUCAGUUCGACAUUCUCUCCCUGAUCUUCGAUGCAACAAGGAUGAAUCUUCAAGAGGAGGUAGAUGAUAUUCUGAAGGAAUUUUCCACCAACGGUACAAGUUCUGAGCUUUGCGUUGAGGCCCAGUGCCCUCUGGAGCCCACAGACAAGGACAAGGAAAGCACUAACGUAGAAGAACCGGUGAACGAAACUGCGGAAUGUGAUGUUUUGCAGGACAUUACAAAUCACGCCAAAGAAAAACGCAAAUUUCGCAAAACCCCAAAUAAAAACAAUUCAAAAGCGGAGCACUGCGUGUUCUGUCUCAACAACGGUGCCACCAAAGCAGAGUACGAAAGUCAUCAAUGCAAGGAUGAAUGGGGCGACGUAAUCUGUCCCGUGUUGCAAAAAUUCGUCUGCUCACGUUGCAAUGCCUCCGGGAAGAAUGCACACACCGCCAAAUAUUGUCCCGAGAAGCCGAUCAUCACGCUGGAAGAUUGUGUGGCAAUUGAGAAAAGAUGGGAGCAAACACGUCGUCGCAAAAUGACAAAGGACGCGAAGUACCAAAGACAAUCGACACCCGUAACCAAAGCUUCGACUAGAUUGCGUUUGUAG